CGGCGCAGUAGGUUUUCCGGCAGGCAGAGAAGGCUUCUGGACUCCCACUAUUUCUUCCUUCGCACCUUCACCAUGGCGCAGACUGGCUCCCUCAAAAAUACAAUAUCGGACGAAGUCACGACAGAAAAUCAAUACAAACGAGACUUUGGUGUAAUACCUAUACCAAAACGUCUACAAUACGAUCCUCAAAAACCGCCUCAUUUCGGGAUAGUGCUUCAGGUCGCAUUUGGGUUUGCCAGUACUUUCACUGUCGCCAAUCUAUAUUACUGUCAACCGAUACUCAUUGAACUUUCAAAAUCGUUUCAGGUGUCGUAUUCGAGGAUAUCCGACGUUCCCAUUCUAAUUCAAGCAGGUUACGCCAUAGGACUCCUACUCAUCUCUCCUCUCGGCGACCUCGUACGACGGCGGCAACUGACCAUUACUUUGGUCAUCCUUACCACCGGCCUGACCAUCGGUCUCGCUGUAACGAACCGCGUCGAAGUGUUCGUCGCACUAUCCUUCCUCGUCGGCGUAGCCAACGUCACCCCCCAGAUUUUGAUGCCCCUAGCAGCUGAUCUAGCACCUCCCGAAAAACGGGCAUCCGCCAUCUCCGUCGUCUUCGCCGGCUUACUACUCGGUGUGCUCAUCGCUCGUGUCAUAUCCGGCAUCAUAGCGCAAUACACAACAUGGCGCGUUGUCUAUUAUUUCGCAAUCGCCGUUCAAGUGGUUGUACUCGCCGGGUGUUAUCCCCUACUUCCGGACUAUCCGGCGAAGAAUAAACAUCUCACGUAUUGGCAGAUUAUGCUAUCGAUGGGAAAAUAUUGCGUUACUGAGCCGAUAUUGGUUCAAGCGGUGUUGAUUAACGUCGCGUCGAGUGCGAUGUUUUCGAGUUUUUGGGUUACGCUGACUUUCCUUCUUGGAGGAGACCCGUAUAAUUAUUCGACGCUUACGAUUGGGCUUUUUGGACUGGUAGGGAUAGCAGGAGUCGCUAUGGGACCUGUGAUUGGCCGAAUCAUCGAUAGGUUGAUUCCCUGGUAUGCUACGCUUGUUGGAACGUGUGGAACGACUAUUGCUGCGGUUGUUCAGGUAGCGGGUGGGGGGCUACAUAUAUCUGCGGUUGUCAUUGCUAUUGUUGGUCUUGAUCUGUUUCGGCAAACUGUUCAGACGUCGUUAUCUACGAACAUUUUUGGUAUUGCCCCGGAAGCCCGAUCUCGUUUGAAUGCGGUAAAUAUCCUUGCAAUUUUCUUUGGACAAGUUAUGGGAUCGUCUGUGGGAACCAAAGUUUUUCUCAAUCAUGGAUGGAGAGCUGGUGCUGGACUUCAACUCGCUUUCCCGGUGUGGACGUUAUUUGUGUUGUUGCUUAGAGGGCCUCAUUGCCGACGACAUACGUGGUUUGGGUAUGAAGGAGGGUUGGAGUUUCGGAAGAGUGUUGUUGAUGCGAGGAAGAAAGCUGAGGCUGAGGUGGGAGACUCUUCUUCUCAUGUGUCGUCGCGCACGGUGGAUACCAGUCCGCGUGAGAAGCCGCGUGAAGAAGGUUCGUUGGAGAAGGAUGUGGAGGCUCAAGGUGCCAGUUCUAGUGGGCAUGUGCGUGCCGAGACAGAAGAGAAAGCGGACGUAACGAGGAUAGAUCGUGGGCCGAUGUAGCUGGUGGUCUUCCUCUGAGUCUGGGUAUCGUAGAGACCUUUGUAGUUUAUGGGGAAAGUACCGUAGUACGUCUGGAUUAUCAUUCGUGUAGUAUCACCAAUUGCUACCAUUGUUAACCCA